CUCAGCCGGUGCGCCCCUCCCAGCAGCGUCUCUACCCCACGGCUACCGCCAUUUGCUGUCCUCCAGCCGACUGUCCACCUCCGCCAUGCCAGCGCUCCUGGUAGAUACUAGUACGCCGUCUACCUCGCCCAGCAGCUCCUCAACUCCCUCAGACCAGCGCACCCAGCGGCGGUCGCAGUCGCGCUCGCCCAACCGCCCGCCCGUGUCGCCUAUCACACCGACUGUUGCCGCUGCACAGCUUGCCCGUCCGGAGCCCCAGGACGCGCGACCACGUGUCGCACCCCCGCCGCCCCCGCCGACUGCUACCUUCAUACAGCAGCCGCCCUCUGUGCCCAUUUCCGAGAGCGAAAACCCCGAUGCGAUAGCACUCCGCUCUGCCAUCUCGCUGUUGCAGCUGCAGCGCGAGAAGAGCAAGCGCGACCUCAAGGCCCUCGAAGAGCUCAGGGCCGCCGCCGUCUCAGACCCGCAUGCCUUUGUGCGCUCUCUGCAGGAGCAGCGCAAAGAUGCCGCGGGCAAGCCUGUUGAUGUGCUCACGCCUACGCUGGCCGAUAUAGGCGAGGCAGCCGCGAGGGAAGGCGUGGAGAGCUCGUAUGGCGAGAGCGGGGCGGCGCGAAAGGACUCAGCAGCAGUAGAGGGAUCACUCAAGGAGGCCACCAAAUUCCCUGCCGUCCCCCAACCCCAGAACAUCGUAAGAUGUCCGCCCGUCAACUGGGCAAAGUACCACAUUGUCGGCGAGCCGCUGGACAAGCUACACGACGAGCAGAAGCGGUAUCCGGGCUCGAGCGAGCCACCGCGCACGCAGUCAGGAGCAAGAGCGCCACCCCACCGCGUUGCUGCCCCAUACUCGCCGUUCACCGAUGGCAUCGGCGGGCCUCCUGUUCCUCAACCAUGGCGGGGCCCCAAGAAGUCCAAGUCGCCAUCUUGACACAUCUUCAGUCAACUUCCAGACCCUCAGACUAUUACUAUUGCACACCACUCUAGGUGCGACAUUCGAUCCGCCCCAAAAGCAAAGACGGAGCACAGGCUGCUCCUUUACGAGAUACGUUUCCACGGUCCCUCAACGAUAGACGCCUUACGAUAGAUUCCACGCACAUCCUUGUAGAUGCAGCGCAGAAUACAUACUUACCAAAUAUAGCACUGCAUA